CCGAGCGUAAACAGAGAGAGAGAGACGACGCGACGAGCUACAGUCUCGUACCGCGCGCUACAGUGCGAUGCGCCGAGAGAACUGAGAGAGAAGAGAGGAGAGGAGAGAGACGAGGGUAGUACGACGUUCCGUCUGCCGUGCUAUGCUAGUGUGCGCCAGUGCCAGUGGUACGGCGUACGGCGAUGCAGUUUUGAAACGGGCGCCCCCGCCUAUUCCUCUCUGUUGACCGUCAGUGUGUUAUCCCGUGUAUUAUUCUGUGCUGUCCACGCGAUAAGUCAUCGUGGCGAGAGGGACGGAGAAAAGUGCAUCCGAGACUACCGCGGGGCGAAGCUCUCCGAUUGAAGCCGGAGUACCGAGUAGUCUUCUGUGAGCCGUCGACAGUCGCCGGAGAGGAGAGAACCGAGAGACUGGCGAAGGUGCCCUGCUGCAGGAAAACGGAACAUGGGUGUAUAAAGUUGAGACAAUGUGGCUACGAAGCGAGCAUGUUAGUCGAAGGCUGCGUGGCCGAUUAGGCACUACAGUUGGUCCUGCCUCCAAGGGUGCAGCUAGACGUGUCCAAGCAGGCACUGUACGGAAAGCUCCAGCAAUUAAUAAUAGCAGUCAACGUGUACAUACUACUAGUAAAUGUGGACGACUGUCACGUUGGAGACGCCGUUCACCACAUCUUCUGAAGGAAGCAUGCAAAGAAAAUGUUUUGAAUUUUGCAAAAACCACACCUAUUAGACAAGAAAAAGGCCCUCGACGAAGAAAGUGUAUUAAACGUUCUAUGGUUACAUCUACACCAUUGAAUUGCGGAUUACCUAAGGAUAAGAUAAUUCCCCCAAAAACUAACAAGAUUGCUAAAGUAUCCGAAGAAUCUAAAGAAAAUUGGGAUUUGGAUACAAUACCUCUUUACUCUCCACCUAUAGGCAUUUCAGAGCCUGUCUCUUCCUCGACACCAACUGAAGCUUACAACAUAAAAAAUUCAACAGUUAACUCUAUUACUGAACUGAUGCCUCCUCCUGCAGAAACAGCACAACCAGAUUUCUCAUGUCUGCUGGAUGAAGAAGGAAAUAGAACAUCUGUUUCUCCUAUUUUAGACCUACUCUCUCUCCACUAUUCAGCAAUUUGUACAUCAACUGAUCAAUCAGAUGAAUAUUAUAGUGUUUCACACUCAACUUCCAUUUACAACAGCCGCAUGACAUAUUCUACAGAAAGAUAUUUUCCCAAUACAAAGUAUUCAUUUAUUAACAAUAAUGAGAAUAACGACGAUCUAUCAAAAAAUCAAUAUAGCAAUAUUGAAAGUGAAUCUUCAAAAUAUGAAUCAACGCUUGCAUACUCAUCUUCCAAAUACAAUAAUAUAUCAAAUAUUUAUAUUACGAAUUUGGAAAAUCCUUCCGAUUCAAACGGAAAUAUUGAGGAUAAAUAUGAAUCUGAAGAAAUUAGCAGAGAUUACCAAAAUGUCAAGUAUUUGGAAGUUAGUAGCGAAGAAGUAGUUGAGACCUGUGAUGUUGAUAAUAUGGUAACAAACGUGACAGAUGAUAGGGAUUCGUUUGAUCCCUAUGUGUUUAUCAAGCAUUUACCACCGUUGACAGCAGCAAUGAGAGCAAGAUGUCCAGCACUCCCUUUAAAAACAAGGAGCAGUCCAGAGUUCAGUUUAGUCUUGGAUUUGGAUGAAACUUUAGUGCAUUGCAGUUUACAGGAAUUGUCAGAUGCAUCAUUUCGUUUUCCAGUGGUUUUCCAAAAUAUAACUUACACAGUCUUUGUAAGAACAAGACCGUUCUUCCGCGAGUUUUUAGAGCACGUAUCAUCAUUGUAUGAAGUCAUAUUAUUUACGGCAAGCAAGCGCGUCUAUGCAAAUAAACUGAUGAAUCUGCUGGAUCCAACUAGAAAACUGAUCAAGUAUCGAUUGUUUCGGGAACAUUGCGUUUGCGUAAAUGGAAAUUACAUUAAAGAUUUGUCCAUCCUAGGAAGAGAUCUAUCCAAAACCGUAAUUAUUGAUAACAGUCCGCAAGCAUUCGGAUACCAGUUGGAAAAUGGUAUACCAAUAGAAAGUUGGUUUGCAGAUCGAACGGAUAGCGAAUUAAUGAAACUAGUACCAUUUUUGGAAAACCUUGUACAUUGGGGUGGAGAUGUUCGACCGCGCAUUCGAGAACAGUUCCGACUUUUCAGUUUUCUACCACCUGAUUAAUUUUAAUACAAAAAAGCAAACUUAUAGACCAAAUUAAAGUGGGUUUUUUCACUUUAGCGCUGGUCGAAAUAGCUUUGUUUUAAUACGUACAUUCAAACUAAUAUAGUCAGUUUUGUCUCUACAGACAUUACUGUUCUAUAUAUAAAAUUGGCGAUAAAGUUUGACUGCGAAAGAUAACAGGUAAAAAUCUAUUAUUGAAUAUAAUAACCCAAAGGGUAUAAAAAUAUAUCUAUAUACAAAUACACACACACACACACACACACACAUAUA